GGGCUCUGGCCCAAAGCCCAUUUGACUUCCCUUGAAACGCAUGCCCAUUCAGUGGAUAGGCGGCCGGCCCGUUCACCAUUUCUCAUCGUUCAAUUCAGAAUCUGAUACAUCAGAGAAGGGCCACAGCACAGAGAGAGACUGUCUGCCAGUGGACGCGAGGGAGCGCCUCCGCCUCAGAUCCAACCCCCACCGAUGCGAGCUCCGGCGAUGCUCCGCUGGGCCGCGGCGGCGCUCGCGGCGCUCCUCGCCGCCUCACCGGCCGCCGCGUUUUACCUACCCGGCGUGGCGCCCAACGACUUCCAUAAGAAAGAUCCACUUUUGGUGAAGGUGAAUAAGCUGACAUCCACGAAGACGCAACUUCCCUACUCAUAUUACUCUCUUCCUUUCUGUAAACCAAACACGAUAGUUGACAGUGCAGAGAAUCUUGGAGAAGUUCUGCGUGGUGAUCGCAUUGAGAACUCUCCUUAUGUGUUUGAGAUGGGGGAACCCAAGAUGUGCCAGAUUAUCUGCAAAGCAAAAAUUGAUGAUAAACAGGCAAAGGAGCUUAAGGAAAAAAUAGAGGAUGAGUAUCGGGUGAACAUGAUUCUUGACAAUCUCCCACUAGUUGUUCCUAUUGCAAGGCAGGAUAGGGGUGCUACUGUUUACCAGGCUGGAUAUCAUGUUGGUGUCAAGGGCCAAUACACUGGUAACAAUGAUGAGAAGUCCUUUAUCCACAACCACUUGGCAUUUUUAGUAAAAUACCAUAAGGAUGAAACUACAGAUCUCUCUAGAAUUGUUGGAUUUGAGGUCAAACCAUUCAGUAUCAAUCACCAGUUUGAAGGGCCGUGGAAUGAUAAAAACACUCGUUUAAUCACAUGUGAUCCUCAUGCCAGCAAGCUUGUGGUAAACUCAGAUACUCCUCAGGAGGUUGAAGCCGGGAAGGAAAUCAUAUUUACCUAUGAUGUAGGCUUCGAGGAGAGUGAUAUCAAGUGGGCUUCUCGCUGGGACACCUACUUGUUAAUGAUAGAUGAUCAAAUUCACUGGUUUUCUAUUGUGAACUCUCUCAUGAUCGUACUCUUCUUAUCUGGGAUGGUGGCAAUGAUUAUGCUCCGCACCCUUUAUAGAGAUAUCUCUAGGUACAAUCAGCUUGAAACUGAAGAAGAAGCCCAAGAGGAGACAGGAUGGAAGCUUGUUCAUGGAGACGUAUUCCGCCCUCCUGCAAACUCCGACUUACUCUGUGUCUGUGUUGGGACUGGUGUUCAGUUCUUCGGUAUGCUACUAGUAACCAUGAUCUUUGCUGUUCUGGGUUUCCUUUCGCCAUCAAACCGGGGAGGACUGAUGACUGCCAUGCUGCUCACUUGGGUCUUGAUGGGGUUGUUCGCCGGAUAUGCUUCUUCACGCCUGUAUAAGAUGUUGAAAGGAUCGGAAUGGCGGAGCAUCACCCUGAGGACCGCCUUCCUGUUUCCUGGGAUUGCUUUCGGUAUUUUCUUCAUCCUUAAUGCUCUAAUAUGGGGGGAGAAGUCGUCUGGCGCUGUUCCUUUCACCACAAUGUUUGCUUUGGUCCUCCUCUGGUUUGGUAUCUCGGUUCCUCUUGUAUUUGUCGGGAGCUAUCUGGGCUUCAAGCAACCUGCCAUUGAGGCUCCGGUGAAGACGAACAAGAUCCCAAGACAGGUCCCUGAGCAGGCUUGGUACAUGAACCCUGCCUUCACCAUUCUGAUUGGUGGCAUACUUCCGUUCGGAGCAGUCUUCAUCGAGCUCUUCUUCAUCCUGACGUCGAUCUGGCUUCACCAGUUCUACUACAUCUUUGGCUUCCUGUUCCUGGUGUUCAUUAUCCUCAUCAUCACCUGUGCGGAGAUCACGAUCGUGCUGUGCUAUUUCCAACUGUGCAGUGAGGACUACCUGUGGUGGUGGAGGUCCUUUCUGACCUCAGGAUCAUCAGCAAUCUACCUCUUCCUGUACGCCGGGUUCUACUUCUUCACUAAGCUACAGAUCACUAAGGUUGUGUCAGGCAUGCUGUACUUUGGCUACAUGCUUCUUGCCUCGUUUGCUUUCUGUGUGCUCACCGGUACGAUCGGCUUCUACGCCUGCUUCUGCUUCACAAGAUUGAUUUAUUCAUCUGUGAAGAUCGACUAGGCAUGUUCCAUGGGCCUGCAGCGAGUAUGCCCAUUGUGUGUUUUUUUUCAUGAAUUUUCAGUGCAGCUGUACUUUUGGUGUUAGCUUAUAAACAAUUUAUGCUCACUGUGGUUCAGAGUUGUACAAGGAUAGGACACUACUGCUAGCUUUAUAUGGGGUAAUUUUAACUUGUGCUGUUGAGAACUGCUGCAUACGUUCAAUCCAUAGUCUCGUUAUCGUCUGCCA